GAAGCUGAGAGACUAGGGAACCAUCCCAGCUUGUUCCUGCAGGUUCCCCUCCCUCCAUUUCCUGCCCCUUUCCUCCUCCUCGUCUAUAUCAGGCCCCCCGCCAAUGGACUCCUCCUUCCCUUUCUUCCCCAAUGGCUUCUUCCAAGCGGCCCCGUCCAUGUUCCGGCGACGGUUCCGACCACGGCGGCGAGCUCUCCCGACCUUCCAAGCGUUGGAGAUCGCUCGUCAUGCAUGUGAGGGGGAGGAGGACCAUGGGUCUGGGAGUGUUUGGCUUCAGAGGGAUCACAGGGGAGGAGUUCAUGACCAUGUUCAGCAAUAUGGUUCGGAGAGUGGUUUCGGAGGAGGUAGAGAAAGCCAUGUUCAGACAAUUCAGUGCAGCAGCAGCAGCACCUCCAAGGCUAUUAGUUGGCCAGAGCCAGCGUCCGAGGUAUCAGCUCAUGUUCUUGAAUGAUCUAAAACCUGUUUACACCAUGAUGAAGUUAGAAGCCAAGGAUGGAUCAGCCCUUAAGGUGGCCAUGGUUGAAAACCUCGAAAAUGACCAGACAAACGUUGUCAGGUUUGGUCAUCUUUCUUCGGUUAGGGUUGAGGUUGUAGUCCUCCAUGGCAACUUCAAUGCUAAAAAAGAGGAAUGCUGGACUCCUGAGGAAUUCAACAAGCAUAUAGUAUGGGGCCGAGAGAAAAGCGCAAAACUCCUCAACGGUGAUCUGACGCUGAAGCUCAGUGGAGGGGAAGCUUUUCUUGGAAGUGCUAACUUCACUGAUAACUCCAGCUUCACAAGCACUAAGAAGUUCAGGCUCGGGCUGAGGCUUGUCAAUGACUCUGGAGAGAGGGUUCUUGAAGGAAUCACCGAGCCUUUCCGCGUGAAAGAGCGCAGGGUGGAGGGAUUUGAAAAGCACUACCCACCUAAGCUGGGCGACGAAGUUUGGCGUUUGGAAAAGAUUGGUAGGAAAGGGGCUUACCACCAGGCCUUGUCAGACAGUGGAAUUGAUACUGUGCAGAAGUUAUUACAGUCUUAUGUAAAGAAUGAAGAGAAGCUAUUGAAGACUUUCCCCAAGAUGUCACCGGCAGCUUGGAAAGCCAUCAUAGGACAUGCCAUGACAUGCGAAGUUGGCGACACUCUUUACCUGCAUGAAAUUAAGGAAACCGACAUGCAAUUUUUCUUUGAUGCCAUACUUCAGCUUGUUGGGGUGAAAUUUGGUGAUCGUUACAAGCCCUUAGAUAAGAUUCAUCAACCAGAGAAGAAUUUAGUCGAGACUCUGAAGCAAAAGGCUUAUGAGAAUAUGAAGGAUAUUCAGUAUGAUCAUGUUAUGAUAAACAACCGUCCUGUACGAGUUCAUAAGUUUCAUGCAAAGGGUGCUUCUGGGUUGAGUAAUAUUCUUCAAAAUCAGCAGAUACUGAAUUAUGGUCAGCAUAGUAGGUUUCAAGGAGACUUCUUGCCUAGUCAAGGACUUGAAUCAAAGGAGAGAUUCUGUUCUUUCCAGCAAGCAACUGAUGCUUCAGUGGAUAUGUCAAGAUUUCUGCAGGGUCAGACUUCCAAUGAUGUUAGCCAUCAAAUAGUCACCCAAAAAAUUACACCAUAUGAUCCAAGCCAAGGAACUUUCUUACCUCGACCAAGAAUCACACAGCUACGUAUACCAAAUAUUGAAAGAACAGAUUUUGGUCCAGAUGCUGAAACUUCUGCUAUUGCUCAUUACAACAUUCAGGCAGGUCAGGUUGUUAUGCAAUUUGGUCAGCAUGGACAGAACCAUUCUCAUUUCUCUGAACAAUCAUACAGUAGCUUCCCUGUCGGUAGUUUAACGUCUACGGAUACAACCAUGGAUUCUAUGCAGCUUCACUCCCAGCUUACAAGCAACAGGGAGAGUUUCAGCAAGCAACCUGACCUACUAUGCAAUGGCCAAACACUACAUCAAUCAAAUCAAGUUUUUGCUGGCUUACAGCCAUCAAGAACAAACAGCUUUGACUCGGUGGAAAAUGAUCAGCUCAUACAACGCUUCAUUUCUCAGUUUUUUAGCAGUGAAGGGGCAGCGACACCUUUGUCGCCACGUAAGUGGGUUAAGAUCAAGGCAGCAUUGAAGCUAGCAUCUGUAGGGCGACUCUCCAGAGCCUCUAGAAGGGGUCUGCAUAGUCCCCCGGGAAGGGCAAGGCUGGUACCAACAACAUGACCCUGCUGAAUAGUGUGGAUAACAAUUGUGAUAGAACAAUGUGGGGAUCAAGGAUCCAUCUUGAUGUUGUACUCCAUAAUAUUGAUGAAGUAUAUAAUCUAAUAAUCUAGUUAGUUAAAAAUAGCAGUAUUGUGACAGAACAAUGUGUGGAGCUUGUAUUCUGAUCUGUUAGCAACAGUAUACACAAGUAAAUAUAUCUGGAUCUUAGUUGUGACAGAACAAUGUGUGGAGCUUGUAUUGUCAUUUGUUAGCAACAGACAUAUAAGUAAAUAUAUCUAUAUCUUAGUUAUUUAUGAA